AUGGUCGACAUUCUUCCUCUCUGCUCGUACCCGUCCUAUAUUUCUCUCCUCCCCGCAGUGCAGACUUGCAAUAUCACCAAUCUCCCCGAAAACUACUUCCUGAAAUACUACCUCUACCACGCGCUCUCAUGGCCUCAGCUUAGCUUUGUGGCCGUCGUCCGAGACCGGUCGAGCUCGUCAAAAGAUCCCUACUCGCCCUCCUCCAAUCCCAAAGUCGUUGGAUAUGUCCUCGCUAAGAUGGAAGAGGAACCGUCUGACGGGCUCCCUCAUGGCCAUAUUACAAGUUUAAGUGUCAUGAGGACACAUCGACGGCUAGGAAUUGCCGAGAGGCUGAUGCGCAUGAGUCAACGAGCAAUGGCGGAAUCUCACAAGGCACACUACGUCUCACUCCAUGUCCGUGUCUCUAACACGGCGGCUCUCCGUCUCUACCGCGACACACUCGGGUUCGAAGUCGAGAAAAUCGAAUCUAAAUAUUACGCUGACGGUGAGAACGCGUAUGCCAUGAAGAUGGACCUGACAGGCCUAUGGAUCAAGGAUGACGAGGGAGUUACAUCGGGUCCCAAUGGCAAGGCUAUCAAGAAUACAGAUGACGACCUAGAUGAGGGUGAUGAGGUUGGUGAUGUGGGGAAGGCCGGCGAUGAGACUGGCAAGGAGGAGAAGAAGAUCAGAGUAAAGGUCGGGAGAAGUUUGGGCGUGGGAGACCUCGUUGAGCGUAAUGAGAGUCGGGCGCAGGCGUGA